AUGGCGAAAUGGACUAAGAAAUCGUAUGACGAAGCGAAAAUGGAGGAGAAAGUCCUUAUGCCACAUACGUAUCUGCUGCCUCUACGCAUCUACGGUUUUGUGGGUAGUGAACUGCCCAAAGCUAUCAAUUAUUGGCUCAACAUACCCAAUGACAAGCUCACGGCUAUUCAGAAAGUCUUGGUCAAAAUAAACAACGCGUUUGCUAUACAAGACGACUUGAUGGACGAGUCCCUUUACCGGCGCACGCAGCCCGCCGCACACAGGGUGUUCGGCAAAGCGCUGGCGAUUAACUCCUGCAUACAUCUGCAGUUCCUAGCGCUACGGGAUAUCAUUCAAUUAGGACAUCCUAAGGCUGCAGAGUUGUACAGCGAGUGUUAUAUUAAUUUUUCAAGAGGACAGGGGCUGAGUACCUACUGGCGAGAUCACCAAUGUGACGUCACGCUGGACGACUAUAACCAAACGACGAUCAACCAAACCGGAUGUCUCAUCGUAUUCGUAAUUCAACUGAUGCAGUUAUUCAGCGAGAACAAAACAGACUACGAAUAUUUAGCGAAAAUGUUCUCAAUUUACUAUCAGAUACGAGAUGAGUAUGUGGACUUGAAAAAACCGGAGGCUGUUGAAGAAGGGACGCGAAUUCCAGAGCUUCAGAAACUCUCCACAAUGACGUUUUGCGACGACUUCACGGAGGGGAAGUUCAGCGUAGCCGUAAUACACUCACUAAAGAGUCAACACCGCGACGUUAUUCUUGGUAAUUUGAGUCAAUUCAGACAGCAACACGACGACGGGCAAAGACAAGCACACCUUUAUGUUAGUAUGGUGGUAAAGAAAGAUUAA